UACAUCUGUCUCCUUCCUUCCACCUUUUCUCUCCUUUCUCUUCCCUUUCUUUUCUCCCCUCUUCAAUUCCACUCCUCCUCUCGUUCCAUCCUCUCGUUCACUCUAGAAGACUGUCUUUGGCUAUACGUAUUCUUCUCUGCUCCUCGUUCGAUCGAGUCGAGGGAACAGGAGAGAAAGAGAGGGAGAGAGGAGCGAGUCUGGCAUGCCGCCUCGGAAGAACGAGAAAUGCAAUAAGAAGAGGACAACCGCCGUGCUGCCGCCAUGCCAUGCCGUUGCGAUCGAGUAAAGAGGAAGGAGUGCCGUAUCGGGGACUACGGUGCGCGGGAGGAACGUUCUUAUCCAUGAAAAAAUUGUAUGGUUCGUUAUCAAAAUGUACGUUUGAUAAAACUGCGACGGAAAUUAAAAUUGACAAUUUGCUAUUUUCGUAUUGUGGUAUGGAGCGUAUAUGUAUUACGGAGAAGGAGGGAGAAAAAAAUGGCAAAAAGAAAAAGAGGUGGUGCAGGCAUCCUGGUUCGUCGACCAGACAUUUGAUACAGAAGAAAAAUGAUCGGUCAUUAAUGUGUACUUCUUUCUCUUGUAUCGAAAACAGCAUAAAACGACCAGUGAUUAAUAUCAAUUACAAAAAUUCAGUACAACGAAAUUCUCCUAUGAAAUUAAAAUUCAAAGAGGAAUAAAUGUUUCGA